UGAAAAAAAAAGAAAUAUAUAUAUAUGUAUAUAUAUUUGUGUGUAUAUAUAUAUAUAUGUAUAUAUAUAUAUAUAUGGGACGACAUGAAGGACUCAGUCGGUAUCGUUUGAAAAAGUUUCUUUGUUCUCGCAGAUAAUUGGAAUGGUACAAAGGAAAUUUUGAGAAUGAGUUGAUCCAUCAUCGCUCUUCAAUGACCUUAGUCCUCUUCGUUGUCGUGCGCGCCCUCUAUCGAGUUUCAUUGGUUAGAGGCAACACACGAUAAUAACAAGAAGGAGAAGGAGAAGGAGGAGAAGAGGGAGAAGAAGGAAAAAAGAAGAAAAAGAAGAAGAAGAAGAAGAAGAAGAAGAAGAAGAAGAAGAAGAAGAAGAAGUCAGACUCGAAGUUGGGACCUUAUAGUACAUGACUAUCGGUGAGUACUUUCGCCGAGUUGGUUACGUAGUGGGGGAGUUGGGACUUGAACCCUGAGACCCCAUGAGCCAUAUAUACUACGGGAGCAUGCAGCUCUCUUGCUACUUGCUGUCAGCUUCUCGACGAUCCCCGUUCUUAACAGACAACAUUUUUCGACACGUAGCUUCGAGAAGGGCAAUUGUGGCGUUGAUACGAUAAAGAUGAGGAUCCUGAUCGUAUCGCUAUUGAUAUGCAUCGUGGCAUCAGAACCAGGCUUAUUGAGGGUGCCAAAAGUAUACAACGCCGUUAUCACAAGUAAUCAAAAUCUUUCACCGUCGAGAGCUUAUCCAGUGAUACAACCAGUGAUUCAUCGAACUGCGAUUGGUUACGUGCCACCAUUUUAUUAUACUCACGUAGCACCUCAUCUUGCUGGACCAGAAGUGAUACAUUUACCGCGUACAGAAUCACCGAAUAUUGAAAAUAUUGAUAAACCGGGAGACGAUGAUGCUUCUAAGGAAUCAAUUACGAAAAAGGAGGAUGGUUUGGAUGGUUCUAAAGUGAAGAAAAUUGUUGAAGACUCGUCGAAGAAAAAUGAGAAUGGAAAAAAUGGAGAGGACGACGUGCCACUUAGCUUUUAUCCAAAUUAUCAAUCGCUCUAUUACGAUCCUUAUUUUUAUACUUAUAAUACGUUUAAUCCUCAUCUGAUACCUGGAACAUAUUAUGUCGAUUAUCAACCAUUCGCAUCAAUUCCACCUGUUAUUCCAAAACCAUCAUCGACUGGGCGUCUUCAAUCGAGUCAUAGUCGUGAUGAAAAUAACGAUGGCAUUAGAAGGAAGGAAGAGGGAAAUAAGAGAGAGAAGAUACCAGAUGUACCACCACCGCCAGUGCCAACAUCAUCUCCGAAUAACUCGCGUUGAGUUAUUUUAAUCGAUGGAUGAAUGUGUUCUCAAAAUCCCAGUUUAUUGAUUUGUAAAAUGAAAGAAAAAGAAAAAAGAAAAAAAAAGAAAAAGAAAAAGAAAAAGAAAAAGAUAGAAAAAAAGGCAAAAAAAAUUAAGACAAUUUUGAGAACCAACGCGCGAUUUGAGAAUACAACAUUCUCGAGGAUUCUUCUUGAGAAACUUUCGAGGCUGAUAGAGACUGCACAAAAUACACAUUGUUCGUAGUUGAAAUUUUCUUUUUCUUCUUGAAAAAUUUUCUUAAACGAUUUUAUAAUAUAACAAUUUUAGAAAUUUUCUUUCUCUUUUCUUUUUUUUUUUUUUAUCGUAUUUUUAUUUUUUCUUAACAAAAUUCAAUUGAGUUUAAUUAGCCGCAAGUAUCAUUUUCCUUCGCCAUUGCCCAAACUUUGAUCGUAUACGAGAAACCUUUGUUUUCGGGUCCUUUGAAUUUGAGUUUGACGUGUCUAUAAUCUGGUCCGCCUGAUUCGUUAGAAACAUUUUCUUUGGUAUUAUUGAUUGGGUUUACUUUAACGCAAGUUAUACAAAGUGGCCCAUCAAUGAUAACUUCAAAGACAGCUUCAAGAUUGGACGGUCCUUUUAGGUUUAGCAACAAAUUGUGUUGAUAAACCAAUGUACCGUUGCAUGUACCCCAUAUUAGAUUUCCAUCAGUAGCCUAAACAAUGUAAAAUCGUUGAAAGAUGUUGAUAUAUAUAUAUAUAUAUAUAUAUAUAUAUAUAUAUAUAUAGUCUUUUUUAACCCUAGUUGUACACAUCUCAAAAAAAAAAAAUGUCAAAUUGCGCACUUGGUGCGUUCUACAUCCUAGACACUUUGAACAGCCUGUCAUUUAUACAGAACGAAUAAUUUUGACUCCAAAAAAUACUGUAUAUUUUUGGAAGCUUCAGAAAUAAUAAUCAGUAGGUUUGAGAGCGUAUUUUCAAUUCUGUCAUUAAAUAAAAAAAAAAAAAAAAA